AUGUAUAUAGGUGGUGAUUCCUCUCAUCAGGCUCGUGAUUGUCCUAAGAAAGGCACUCCUACUUGCUAUAACUGUGGUGGCCAGGGACACGUCAGCCGGGAAUGCACUGUAGCUCCUAAGGAGAAGUCUUGCUACAGAUGCGGUCUGUCAGGACACAUCUCACGUGAAUGCACCCAAGCCAGUACUGGCAGUAACUUCGGUGGAAACGGCUACUCUGGCGGUGCCGGAGGCCAAGAAUGCUAUAAAUGUGGUCAAGUUGGACACAUUGCCCGUAACUGCCCCGGAGGCAACUACGGAGGCAGCCAUGGAGGUUUUGGGGGUCGUCAGCAGACUUGCUACUCCUGUGGCGGGUAUGGCCAUAUGGCCCGCGACUGCAUGCAAGGCCAGAAAUGCUAUAACUGUGGCGAGGUCGGGCAUGUUUCUCGCGAUUGUCCUACAGAAGCCAAUGGUGAACGUGUCUGCUACAAAUGCAAGCAGCCCGGCCAUGUCCAGGCUGCCUGUCCCAACUAG